AGAAGAAAGCGGAAGUGACGACAGUUUACCAACCAGCGGCAGCGGAGGGAACUUUAAAGCGUCUAUAAAGUCCAAGCUGAAAACAAACACCGGACAGAAGUGGGUAGAAGCUGAAGUGUGGAUGUGGGAGCGGAACCGGAGUGGAUCAGAACCGAUUCAGAGCAGGAUGAGUGGACCCUCCCCCCUCUUGUCUCCUCCCCCUUCUUCUCACCCGCCCCCCCAACCCCACCCCGUCCCCUUUGAUUCUUACUCCUGCACUGGCUGUCCUGAACUGGACCUGUCUGUCACACUAAGCCCCGCCCCUAGAGCCACGCCAGCAGUCCUGAAGCCCCACCCACAGCCAGCCACGCUCCACCUAAAGCCCUGCCCCCGAGGGCAAAGGAAGAAGAAGAACCCAGAGGUGUGUUUUCAGCCAGUGGUCGUCACGGUAACACCACAGCCCCACCUCACACACCCUCAGCAGCCAAUCAGGAGCCAGAGGAGCAGCAUAGUCCAUCUCCAUGGUAACCACA